UCUUUUUAAACGUAUAUGCAAAUUCUACUGAACCGAAAGUACAUGCCAAGAAAUGAUCAAUUAAGCAUCUUGAUAUAUGUAAUUCAAUAUGGACACCCGGAUCCGUAUAACAGUGUUCGAAAGCAUCGGGUCAAAGUGCCAUCCAUUAGCCCAUUUAACCAACAUAAUGGAUCGCCAUCAAUGAGAAGCCCAAAUACCCAACAACGGCCCACGAUCCAAUUUACGUAUAUACGUAUCAGUUCCAGAAUGUGGUGGACACACAUAGAGAGAGAAAGAGAGAAGAAAGAUGAUAUACAGAAAAUGGAGUCUGUUGACGGGCCCAGUUGCCAUUCUUGCUGGAAUCGUCGGAACAAUUGUUGUGGUCGAUCUCCUCUUCAUCGAAAACGACCGAUUCCGCAAGACACAGCCAAGGAAGGAAGAGACAGCACCUUCAACCAAGUAAAAGAGAAUAUUGAACUUUAGAUGUGAUCUAAAACUUGUUCAAGGUUUUUGUAUGGGAAUUGACUGUUGCGAUUUGAAAUUUUAAGUUGUUGCUAAGAACUUAAAUUGUCUGGUAGAAUAAAUCGAAAUUUCCAAACCCACUUGAGAAUGGGAAUUCGUUGUCAUUGUGAUGUCCUGCUGUCUUUUUUGAAUAUCUUAUAACAAUACAAAACCAUAUUUACCAGGACGACCUGAUGAUAUGGUGUAUCCAGGAUU